AUGUAUCGUAAUCUUAUCUUGAUCUUCUGCCAGUUCGUUGGAUUGGCAAAGGCUUGGCGCGUAGUGAGCAUGGGAGUGGCUUGCUUGGCUUCCGUAAUCAAAAUUGGAGGCCGAACGAGCAAACAUUCACCGCAUAAUUUGCCUUGCACUUAUACCGACGAAUAUUUUGCCGCCGGUGAGCAGGGAGAGAACGUAGUAUCAUCACCUCGAGGUGUACAUUUAAAGUUGCCGAACACGGGUUCCUCGCUAUCUUCAUCUUUUGACUCAAAUAAUCCAAUCAGUCUAGUUUCUGAUUCCUCACGUAACAAAUCCGACACACUUGACAGUACCAAGAGUAGCGAUUCGUCCUCUCUGGCGAGGGCAUUACCCAAUUUAUCGAAAAAGCACACCAGUAUUUUACGACCAUUUUUGCGAAAGAAAACAAAGCUAACCUCAUCAUCAGGUAAUAGCCCUGGAAGUGGCAGUGACCACCGUGAAACAAAUAGGAAUAUUGAAGGUGAGGCGAUGAAACGAACAGCGUCUCCGACACUGCCGGGCGGUGCGACACGAGCUAAAUAUGACUCUACCAUAUGUAAUGAAGAAAUUGAUGUAUCUAGCUCAUUCCAUGCGGUUAAUGUCACAACUGGCACGGAUUCAUUGAAAGAAAGAAAAACAAUAGAGGAAUCGUCAUUACAACGUACGGUUUCACUGAACAAAGAUUCUCGUACUCUUUGUUCUACUGAUGCAUCAGUGAGCAUGGAGGUACAGCCUGUUGACUAUACUAACGGUAAAAAAGCUACGGAUAUUCCAAAUGGAAUCACUUCUGCUGUUCAUCUGAAUAAUACAAAGUUAGAGAAUGCUUACAAAGGAGGUGUUGCAAUACUUGAUUUUGGCGCUCAAUUCGGAAAGGUUAUUGAUCGUCGAGUUCGUGAACAAAAUGUCUUCAGCGAAAUUUUACCGUUUAACACAAAAGCAGCUGACAUGGUUGAGAAGGGAUGCUACAAAGCGAUUAUAUUGAGUGGUGGACCAAAUUCUGUAAAUUCAUUUAAUGCACCUGAAUUCGACCCUUCCAUAUUGACUUGUGGUAUUCCGGUCCUUGGUAUCUGUUAUGGUUUUCAGCUGAUAAAUAAAGCAUUUGGAGGAUGUGUGUCCAAAAAAUCUGUACGGGAAGAUGGACAGCUUGAGAUUGAAGUUGAUACCACUUGUCCAUUGUUCAAGGGACUUGCAACGCGGCAAAAGGUAUUGCUAACCCAUGGUGAUAGUGUCACUGAUAAAACUGUAGCUAAUGAUUUCAAAGUUGUGGGUAGGAGUGGAAAUUUUGUUGCAGCAAUUGCUGAUGAAAGGCGGAAGUUAUACGGUGUUCAGUUUCAUCCUGAGGUAGAUUUAUCUGUCUCUGGAAAGAAAAUCCUGCAUAACUUUCUCUUUCGCAUUGCUGGUGUUAUUGAUGGUUUUACGAUUGAUAAUCGUGAACAAAAAUGUAUUCAAGAAAUUCGUUCUGUUGUGGUGGAUAAAAAAGUGUUGGUGAUGGUGUCGGGUGGGGUGGACUCAACAGUAUGUGCUGCUCUUCUUCACAAAGCUUUAGGAAGUGAUCGAGUGAUUGCUAUACACAUCGAUAACGGUUUUAUGCGCUCCAAUGAAAGUGAUCAAGUAGUGGACUUGUUGAAUGAAUUGAAUUUGAAAGUGCGAAAGUACAGUGCCUUCUAUGCAUUUAUGAAUGGCCGAAUACAAAUUGGAAACGAACUUUCAACACCACUGAUGGGGACAAUACAGCCCGAAUUGAAGCGCAAAAUAAUCGGUGAUACAUUCAUGCGAGUAAAAGAUAAAAUAAUGGAUGAGUUGAAGUUGGAUAAGGAUAUAUUUUUGGCACAAGGUACACUCAGACCAGAUUUGAUUGAGAGCGCGUCACACUUGGCUAGUUCCCAUGCAGAUGUCAUUAAAACCCAUCACAAUGAUAGUGCUCUUGUCCGCGAACUAAGAGAUUUGGGCAAAGUUUUGGAGCCACUCAAAGAUUUUCACAAGGAUGAAGUUCGUGAAUUAGGAAUAUCUUUAGGAUUACCCGAACAUGUUGUCCACCGACAUCCCUUCCCGGGUCCCGGAUUAGCUAUUCGGAUCGUCUGUGCCGAACGUCCAUUAAUUAGUGACUUCGAUCUUUUCGUUACUACUCAGCAUCAUUUGCACUUGAUCGCAAAUCUUUCACUUUGUGAUAAGGAUUCUGAAGAAUUCAGCACCAUAACUCAACACUUAUCAAAAGCUGAUUUGAAAAUCAUCAGUGGUCAUGAUUUUGAAAUUGCAACUACUCUUUUGCCAGUGCAGUCAGUUGGAGUACAGGGUGACGGACGAUCUUAUGCAUAUGCAGCAGCAUUGUCUACAAACGAAAGGCCUAUUCCAUGGGAGUUAUUAGAACGACUGGCUCAUAUUAUACCUCGCUUGUUACACAAUAUAAACCGAGUAGUUUAUGUUUUCGGGAAUGCAGUUGAAUAUCCGGUGAACGAUGUUACGCGCACAUAUUUGAAUGGUUUCACAGUAGGUCUAGUAAAGUGGGCGGACAGGAUAGCUUCUGAUGUCCUUUGUGGGUUGGGCGAGAAUGGUAAGAGAGACCUCACUCUGGAUGUGUGUUUACAAAAAAUACAGCAGAUGCCAGUGGUGAUGAUUCCCAUUCAUUUUGACAGAGAUCCUUUAGAACGAAGAGCAUCAACACUUCGAUCUUUCGUUCUUCGUCCUUUUAUCACUAACGAUUUUAUGACUGGUGUUGCUGCUUUACCCGGAAAAGACAUCCCCGAACAGAACAUAUUGGAAAUAGUACGUCGCAUUAUGGAGCGUAUACCUUUGACAUCUCGCAUCAUGAUCGACCUUACAUCAAAACCACCAGGCACCACAGAAUGGGAAUAA